AUGUCGCCCACACACACCAUGUCCGCCCACCUCUGCAGCACCUCCCCUGAGCCCCAUGCCACCAGCCCGCUGCCAUCGCCCACCAACUCGUCCGUCUACUCGGGCUACUUCCAGCGAUCGCCGUCCCCUGAGCAACAGCACAAGCGGUCCAUGGACAGCGACCGCUCGUCCUCCUCCAACUGGCGAUGGAACAACAAGGACAACUCUCGCUAA